AUGCAGCCUCCUCAGGCAUACGAAAGUCAGAGCCAGCCUGCAUAUUCAUCCUCUGGAGACCAGCCCAUGUACGGUGGCCUGUAUGCGUCCUCAAGUGUGGCCCAGGUGAAGAAGAAGAAUACAAGAGCUUCUCAGGCUUGUGACUCGUGCCGUCAACUGAAAGCGAAAUGCGACGAAACUAGACCCUGUAAAACAUGCAGAGACAGAGGGACUGAAUGCAAAUAUCGCGAUCCACCGCCCAAAGUCGCUGACAAAACCCAAUCCGAUAUCCUCGACGGCAUUGCCAUGAUGCAGACCCAGCUAGCCACGCUUACUGAGCACUUUGCUCGGAUGGACGAACGCCUCACAAAAAUUGAAUCAGUUGCUUUCAAGGGUGACCCUCCUGCCAAGUCGAAUGCGGCAGUGGUGGACCAGGAGAUGGAGGACCAGUACAAAGAGGAGAGCACGCCAUUUACUGGAGACGAAAUGGUCAAAUACUCGUCGCAAGAUGCGGCUGCGGCCCGUCCCGACCAAACGAUUUUGCCUGAGGAUGAGGAAGAGACAGAGCCCGGCCCUCCGCCCCCUCUUGGCGAGCCGGCUAUUCCCAUGAAUCAUACUACACUGGCCGGCCUUUUACUGAACUGGCCCUCCAUCCAAGAGCUGACAAAACACCACGUCGAGCGCGAAGGUGUAGGCUAUGUGGGAGAAUAUCCCAUAAGUCAAGAACAAAAUCGAGGUUUGUUGAUUUUGUACGGCCGUGGUGAGGAUAAUAGGAUGUCACGAAAACAGCGCGAGCGCGAACAUGACCAGCAAAGCGUCGAUAUGCCUGACGACUCAUCCGACUCUCCGUCGCCCUCUACAGCAACCGAAGCGGCAGAUUGGGGUACUUUGGGUGGCCAAAGCCCAUAUGACCAGGUUGAUUAUAGAAGCGGCGUACUUGGUCCUGAUGGCAAUCCCGACUUUUCCGAGAAGAAUGUGUGGUCAUAUGUCGAGACCUUCAAGGAAAACAUUCUCAACCUGCAUCCAAUCGUGCAACCUCCGAUCCUAGAUCAAUGGGUGCGCCAAUUCCUCGAGUCUCUUCCAUUACAAGGAAGCAAACAGAGCAGCAAGACCAGUACAGCUUGGGCUGUCAGUAGCUCCAUGGAGUCUACUGGUUCGAAGCGUAAGAGGUCAUCUCCGGCGCCCGACAGUAUGGAGAUGUCAGCGGCAUCACCCACUUCCAGAGUCGGCCGGCCAAAUCGAACUAUACACACCGCGCUCGUCCUGACCGUCUUGGCGCUCGGCAAGGUAUGCCAGCAUCGAGACUAUGUGCCGGACGCCCUCCAUGUGGGUGAUCCUAUGCCUCAUGGAACCGGACGGUUUCAUCUUAAUGGUAUCCCUCAAUCGCCAAAGGGCUCGCCGCCGGGGGAUACUUCGCGCUCGCAAACAUCCAGUAUAGCGUCCCCUCGUGACCAGGAUCGUUCAUACCAUAGCCGUCGUUCGUCCCUGGCAGGGAAUACUCGACCAGGCCUACUGAAAAAGAAUUAUGAGAACAUACCGGGACUGGAAUAUUUUGCCUUUGCGACCGACAUUCUUGGUAACCAUCUCGGUUCCUACAACAAUAUGAAGAACGUCUAUGCCGACAUCUUUGCUGGCCUCUACCAAGGCCAACUCGGACGGCCUUUGGAGAGCUUUGCAUUCAUACACAGGGCCAGUCAUAAACUUCAGGUGAUUAUGCGUCCCAGCCUGGAAAAGCUUAAGAGAUUCAAGACCACGCGAGAGUUUAUUAAAGACACCAAGUAUAACCAGCUCUCGUUGGCGUUUUGGACAUGUCUGCAAUUGGAGAGUGAUUUACUUGCUGAACUCCCUGUUCCGCCUUCAGGUCUCUUAUCCUACGAGAACGACAUCCCGCACCCUAACAUGAGCCUGCUCGAAGGCUUCCCGAAGCCUGUCCUCGACAGUUACCUUGGCCAGCUCUACCUACGAACGCAUCUCAACAGCAUUCAUCGCAUGUUUUACGCGCCAGAAGAUCCGGCCAAGGGAGCCGUGGGGGAAAUACCAUUUAAAAAUGUCGACUUUGUCUCUGAUGCGGUCUCUGGAAUGCAAUGGGUCGGCCCAAGUUUCGCCUUUAAGGAAGACGAUCCUCCUGCCUCGGACAUCCUUUCCGCAAGACUCCGCGCCAAAUACUGGGGGGCUCAGGUUUUGACGUAUCGACCCUUCUUGAGGCAGAUUUUGCAGUUUUCGUUUGUUAAGAACCAUCCGACCACUGGACAACCGCCCUCAUCGGAGUUCCGCGCCGAAGUUGAAGCUCCACGCAUCGACCCCCAGGCGAGAAACGUGCAAGACUUGAAUCCACACAUUCUGGUUCUCGCCCAGAAAGCCAUCAAGGCUCUCGUUGAGAGCACGAGGGCUUUCCACGGCCUCGGCGACAAACGGCCCGUCAUCACCAGCGUCUUUGGCACCGCGCACGCCCAAUGGGGUAACCUCCUUGUUUUGUCUGCGGCGUUUAAAGAUCCCAUCAUGCACGAAUAUGUCGAUGAGAAGCUUCUGCGCCAGUUGUUCCAGAAGACGAUUGGCUUUUUGCGGCAAUCAGCCACGGCCACCAGCUCGCUGCGCAUCGACAUGCACAUUCUGGAAGGUCUGCAAAAGGAUUUCUGGGGCAUUGAGCCUUCCUACACCAACUCGGGAUAUCCGGCGGGCAAUGCACAGACGUCGACACCCCGCAUGUCCACGGACAGCAUUGACAUGCCGCCACCAAGAAGCACCACGGAGGGCGAGGGAACACCACAGAUGCCCAACAACCGAUCGACGGCAGCUCCCGGGUGA